AUGAUUCAGCGCUCCUCUGCCUUUGCCGCGGCUGUAGCCGCAGCAACUCUACUGGCAAAUCAUGCUCACGGUCACAUCAUGCAGAUGUAUCCCAUCUCCCGCCAGUACAGCUAUGGCCCCGUAUUCAAAGAAUGGGACUUCCCGGGAAUCGACUACUGCCCGCAUUGCUACAAUGCACGCGGGCCUGACUACGUUAAGGAGCGAGCCAAAGCCAAGACGGAUCCUGCCGUCCUGAACGAGUAUGGGGGAGGGGACGAGUACCCCCUAUACUUCGGCGAUUUUGCCGACAACGGUAACUACCUCGAGACGGACGAGAUCGCGAAACGCCACGGCAUCUGCGGCGACCCGGAGCAGAACGCGGAUGAAGGAAGCAACGUCUACAGCACCGCCAACAUCGGAUGGGAUGUCCUCGGUUCGUUCAAGAGCGGAGAGGUCCUUGAGAUGGACAUAAUCAUGAACGCCUACCACUGGGGACACUGCGAGUUCUUCUUGUGCAACGCGGACGAGAUGGACGACCCGGACGGCGUGCCCACCCAGGAGUGCUUCAACCGGUACCCGCUAACCCGCGCCGCAGACGACGGCGACGCCAGUCCGAUCGACCCCAACUACCCGGGCCGCUACUACGUGGACCCAGAGUGCCGCGCGGGGGAGACAGAACAGGGCUCGCCCGAGGGGGCACCCAAGGGCUACAACAUCAAGAUGCGCUACGUGCUCCCGGACAUCGAGUGCGACCGCUGUGUCUUGCAGAUGCACAUCGGGUACGACGAGUUCGACCCUCCCUCGUGGCCUAGCACCUGCGCCCCCAACAAGUCGGACUGGAUCGAGCUCAACCGCUACAUCUGCGGCGAGGAAGGGGCCUACCCGGAAGAGUUCUGGGCGUGCUCCGACAUCUCCCUCACGUCCGACGGGUCAGCGCCGCCACCGACCCCGUACACGACGCCUACGACGCCAGUUCCGGUAGCCGCUCCCACGCCAGCUCCGGUCGACCCUCCCACGCCAGCUCCGGUCGACCCUCCCACGCCAGCUCCGGUAGACCCUCCCACACCAGCUCCGGUAGACCCGCCGACGCCUGCGCCGGUAGACCCGCCGACGCCAGCGCCGGUCGAUCCCUCCACGCCAGCUCCGGUCGACGACCCCACGCCAGCCCCGGUAGACUCUCCCACGCCAGCUCCAGUGGACCCGCCGGCGCCCUCGGAAAUGCCGGUGAUGGCCCCCACUGAUGAGGUCAUUGUGUGCAGCACCGGCAUCCCCGGAAUCGAGUCCUCCGACGGCACCGUCUGUUGCCCAAUCAACUGCACGCAGUGCGGCGGCGAGGGAUGCUCCACCGUGGGCCUGCCCGAAUACGGCGCCGAGUCCUGCUGCGAGUUGGACGUUCAAUCUGCCGGAGUGUCGUGCAGCGUGUCGGAAGAAGCCCCCUGUGUCCUCGACGACGUACUUUCGCCCACCGAGACCCCUUCGCCCUCCAUGUCUUUCUCGUUCUCGUUCUCGUUCUGGUACGAUGACGACGACGAAACGCCCGAGCCGACCGCAGCACCCGCCACCGAAAUGCCGGCGAUGGCUGCGACUCCCGAGCCCGUCAUGGCCCCCACUGCCGAGCCCGUCUCUGAGCCCACUGGUGACGUGUGCUCCAACGGCUUCCCGGGCAUCCAGUCCGGCGAUUCGUGCUGUCAUGCGGAGUGUGAGGCGUGCGGCGGCUUCGGCUGCGCCGAGUUCGGCGGCGGCCUGGGCGAGGACAACUGCUGCGCGGUCCGAAUCGAGGAGUACGGCGAGCUCUGCUCGACAGCCCUCGCGGCGCCCUGCUACGUCGACGACGGCUCAGCGCCGCCACCGACCCCGGCCACGACAGAAAUGCCCGUUGUUAUGCCCACGGAGAGACCCGCGACGCCUGCACCGGUCGACCCUCCCACGCCAGCUCCGGUCGACCCUCCCACGCCAGCUCCGGUAGACCCUCCCACACCAGCUCCAGUGGACCCGCCGGCGCCCUCGGAAAUGCCGGUGAUGGCCCCCACUGAUGAGGUCAUUGUGUGCAGCACCGGCAUCCCCGGAAUCGAGUCCUCCGACGGCACCGUCUGUUGCCCAAUCAACUGCACGCAGUGCGGCGGCGAGGGAUGCUCCACCGUGGGCCUGCCCGAAUACGGCGCCGAGUCCUGCUGCGAGUUGGACGUUCAAUCUGCCGGAGUGUCGUGCAGCGUGUCGGAAGAAGCCCCCUGUGUCCUCGACGACGUACUUUCGCCCACCGAGACCCCUUCGCCCUCCAUGUCUUUCUCGUUCUCGUUCUGGUACGAUGACGAAGACGAAACGCCCGAGCCGACCGUAGCACCCGCCACCGAAAUGCCGGCGAUGGGUCCGACUCCCGAGCCCGUCAUGGCACCGACUGCUGAACCGGCGAUGGCUCCGACUCCCGAGCCCGUCAUGGCCCCCACUGCCGAGCCCGUCUCUGAGCCCACUGGUGACGUGUGCUCCAACGGCUUCCCGGGCAUCCAGUCCGGCGAUUCGUGCUGUCAUGCGGAGUGCGAGGCGUGCGGCGGCUUCGGCUGCGCCGAGUUCGGCGGCGGCCUGGGCGAGGACAACUGCUGCGCGGUCCGAAUCGAGGAGUACGGCGAGCUCUGCUCGACAGCCCUCGCGGCGCCCUGCUACGUCGACAACGGCUCAGCGCCGCCACCGACCCCGGCCACGACAGAAAUGCCCGUUGUUAUGCCCACGGAGAGACCCGCGACGCCUGCACCGGUCGACCCUCCCACGCCUGCCCCGGUCGACCCACCUACGCCGGCUCCGGUAGACCCUCCCACGCCAGCUCCGGUAGACCCGCCGACGCCUGCUCCGGUAGACCCACCCACGGCUGCUCCGGUAGACCCCCCGUCGGCUGCACCGGUCGACGACCCCACGCCAGCUCCGGCAGACACUCCCACGCCUUCCCCGGUAGACGCACCACCAGCGCCUUCGGAAAUGCCGGUGAUGGCUCCCACCGACGAGGUCGUUGUUUGCAGCACCGGCAUCCGCGGAAUCGAGUCCUCCGACGGCGCCGUCUGUUGCCCGGUCGGCUGCAAGCAGUGCGGCGGCGAGGGAUGCUCCACCGUGGGCCGUCCCGACUACGGGGCCGAGUCCUGCUGCCAGUCGGGCGUGCGUUCCACCGGAGUCUCGUGCAGCGUGUCGGAAGAAGCCCCUUGUGUCCUCGACGAAACGACGCCGGAACCUACCGCAGCACCCGCCACCGAAAUGCCGGCGAUGGGUCCGACUCCCGAGCCCGUCAUGGCACCGACUGCUGAACCGGUGAUGGCUCCGACUGCUGAGCCCGUCAUGGCCCCGACUGCUGAGCCGGUGAUGGCUCCGACUGCUGAGCCCGUCAUGGCCCCCACUGCCGAGCCCGCCUCUGGUGACUCUUCCUCCUCGGACGACUUCUCCGAAAGUGAGCCUGGAGGCAGACCCGGCGCUUACGAACACGUGGGGUGCUUCCAAGAUAGCCAGUCGGACCGCGUCUUGCAGAGGAGCGGGCUUAUCUCCGGCGACAUGACCGCCGAGUUGUGUUAUGAGACGUGUUCGACGAAGGGCGCCGCCUACAUGGCGACCCAGUGGGGAGUGGAGUGCUGGUGCUCGAGGGACGGCAGCCUGGACUACGACCGCCACGGGGACACAGGCGUCUGCGACUACCCCUGCAGAGGCGACGAGAGUGAGACCUGCGGCGGUGUUCACAGCUUCAACCUCUACAGGCUCUCGUGGGCCCCCGCGCCGGAGGACGAGGAGUACGUGGGCUGCUACACCGACAACAAGGGCGACCGCGUGCUGUCGGACAUGAUCUCCAGCGACGACAUGACCGCGGCGGUCUGCCGCGAGCACUGCGCGGACAAGGACGCUCCGUACUACGGCACCCAGUUCUCGAGCGAGUGCUGGUGCGGUACGAGCGACGACGACGCCGACUACGAGCGCCACGGCGAGGGAGUGUGCCACAUGGCCUGCUCGGGAGACGGCACGGUUGCCUGCGGUGGAUACGAUGCCUACAGCUUGUUCAAGUACGACAACGGCGGCGAAGCCCCCACCACAGCUCCGGUGACCGACUCGCCGGACACCCCGACGAUGGCCCCCACCGCCACGGGGGAGGCUCCGACCACGCCCCCCGUGACUCGCUCGCCGGUCGGGACCGAGGAGCCCACGGCGGCAGCCACGAGCGCGCCCACCUCCCCGGGGGGGUCGAUGCCGACGACGUCCACGUGCAGCAACGGCGUCCCCGGCAUCGAGACCUCCAAGGGGGCGUGCUGCGUCGCGGCCUGUGGCCAGUGCGGAGGCGACGGGUGCUCGACGGUGGCCUCGGACCUGGAGCUCGGGUCUGACGAGUGCUGCGAGACCGCUGUCCUCGACGCCAACAGGCCGUGCGGAGAGGCCCCGUGUGUCAUCGGCGGCGACUUCCCCGCUCCCACCCCAUCGCCUGAAACCGCCGCACCUGUCGCCGGGGACACCCCCGCCCCUGUGUCGACCGCUCCGACCGGAGAGUGCUCGGGCGAGCCUGUGGAAGCGUGGGAGCAGUGCGGUGGCGACGGCUGGACCGGUUCCACCUGCUGCGAAGAGGGUCUUGAGUGCGUCUUCAUGGGCAAGAGCACCUGCUACUCGCAGUGCCGCCCGAUGGAGGGUGACUACCGCUAA